CAACAGGGCAGGCAGGCAGCGAGCGGGGCUCGGCCGGGCUGGGGCGGGGGACAGGCUCCGGGCGCGCCGAGCCGAGCCGAGUCGUGCCGAGCCGAGCCGUGCUGCUCGCCGCCGGGGGACCGCGGGGUGCCGCGGGCUUGGCAGAGCCGCCGCCGCCGCCGCCGCCGCCGCCCCGUCCGAAACCUGGAUUGCAGGAGCCCUUCACCAUGCCCGGCAGACUGUAGGUGCUUCAUGGAGCAAGCCAACUUCUACGAGGUCGAUUCCCGGCCCCCGAUGAGCAGCGGCCAGCACCACCAGCUCCAGACUCCCCUGCCCGGCAGCGCCUACAGCUACAGAGAGGCUCCCUCGGCGGCGGCACCUGCUGCGGGCGGCGCGGAGCUCGGCGACAUCUGCGAGAACGAGAACUCCAUCGACAUCAGCGCCUACAUCGACCCCGCCGCCUUCAACGACGAGUUCCUGGCCGACCUCUUCCAGCACAGCAAGCAGCAGGAGAAAGCCAAGGCCAUCCUGGCCGGGGAUUUCGACUUCCACAGCAUGCAUGGGGCCGGCGCCGCCGCCUCGGCGCCGGGACACCAGCAGCAGCACCACCAGCAGCCGCUCUUCGGCUGCAUGGCCGGCUACAUGGACGGCAAGCUCGACCCGCUCUACGAGCGCAUCGCCGCGCCGGGCUUGCGGCCGCUGGUGAUCAAGCAGGAGCCCCGCGAGGAGGAGGAGGUCAAGUCGGCGGCCCUGUCGGCCCUCUACCCCCACCACGCCGCGCAGCAGCACCCCUCCCACCUGCAGUACCAGAUCGCCCACUGCGCCCAGACCACCAUGCACCUCCAGCCCGGGCACCCCACGCCGCCCCCAACGCCCGUGCCCAGCCCGCAUCACCCGCACCACCCGCAUCCCCCGGGCGGCCUGCCCGCCGCCGGCGCGCUCAAGAUGAUGCCCGCGGACCACCGGAGCAAAUCGAAAAAGACAGUGGACAAGAACAGCAACGAGUACCGGGUGCGCCGGGAGCGCAACAACAUCGCGGUGCGCAAGAGCCGGGACAAGGCCAAGCAGCGCAACGUGGAGACGCAGCAGAAGGUGCUGGAGCUCACCACCGACAACGAGCGGCUGCGGAAGCGGGUGGAGCAGCUCACCCGGGAGCUGGAGACUCUGCGGGGCAUCUUCAGGCAGCUGCCCGAGAGCUCGCUGGUGAAGGCCAUGGGCAGCUGCGCCUAGCGCCGGGACUGCGGGGCGCCGUUGGGCUGCCACGCUCACCUACAUAUACAUAUAUAUAUUAUAUAUACUGGAGCGCAGCGAUCUCAGAUUGUUGGGGGGGGGGGUUGUUUUUUUUGUUUUUGUUUUUUUUUGGUUCGGUUCUUUUUUUCUUUUUUUUUUUGAACAAUUAACGACCAAUAAAAGAAGCCAGGCAGCUGUAGUAUUAAAAAGGUUUGUGCCUUAGGGAUGACACACGAAUAAGCUGAAAACAUGGUGGGUUUUAUAAGGAGAAAGGCGAGGGGAAGGAAGAAAUAAAAAGCUCACGUGUCUACACAGGGUAAAUAACAAUAAUAAUAAUAGUAAUAAAGCACAUAUAGUGACCCAGAUGUGCCUUAAAAGCUGGCUGCAGGAGCUCUGGGGCUUUCUGUGCCCCAGCCUGGCAGGGUGCAAGGAAGCAGGGUGAGGGCCGGAGGAGCCGGCGCUGAGGAGCAGGCAGCAGGGAGCACAGGCAGCAGGGCCCGAUGCCUCUUGGAGCAGCAGGAGGCAGCUGGGGUGCCCCAGCCUGGCCCCAGUGCCUCCAGGCCACCCCGGGACCGACAGACACAGCCUGGACUGCCGGAGCAGCAGCUUGUGAGGGAGCGCAGUGAGCUCCCCGUCUCAAAAGGAAGAGCAGCAGCGUCUUGUACUGUAUGUCACGACAUGGCGAAGCACAAGUGAAUAAAUACCUAUCGAUGCGGGUAUUUACUAUGAACUCUCAGUGUAUUUUGCUUUAUUCCAGGACGUUCAGCUCCUCUCCAAGUCUCUGUCUGUCCAAGCUGUGCCUCAUGUAAUGUGAAAGCCUUUCCGUGUAUACUAGCUACACUUUAUUUUUAUUGCAUUACUUAGAUCUUUGCCAUCACAUGACUUUCUUAUCUGGUGACAGAGACUAUGCCCUUGUGCUGCAACGUUAUUUUAUUAUUUGUGUGGGUGGGUGAGAGCGAGUGUGCGCUGCGCUGCCUCCAGCGCGGGCCCGGGCCGGCCGCUGCCUCCCCGCCGCAGCACCUUUGGACUCCGGAGCUUCUCCCCGGCAGAGAGCGGAAAAAAAUAACCAACACACAAACAAACCAACCCAAACAAAUCCCCUUCGCCGGAGGCUCGUAGCUGGAGUUGGGCAGCAAGUCGGCCCGGGGCCGGGGCAGCGGGAGGGCAGCGCCGGGGGCGUGCGUGUGUGGGGGGCGUGUGCGCCGCGGGUGGGUACCCAGCGGUGGGGUUGGGGGUUGUUUGGGGGGAGGGAGGGCUGCAUAUAAAGUUUGUCCGAAGUCCUGGUUACACUCAUAAAUAAACAGCAUAUAUUCGACCAUAA